UAAUUAAAUAAAAUGUUAAAUUAAAUAUUAAUAUAAAAAAGUUAAUAAAACCUACAUGCACGGACCGUACCACGACCCAUGCACAUGCCCAGCCAGCCCACCUUUCACAAUUCAUACACACAUGCUCUCUUUCUCUUACACUCUCAUCUCUGCUGUCUCACAUCCAUUCCCUUCAACUCAAACCCUUCCUUCAAGAAACCUCAUUGCACCACCCACCAUGACCAUCGACUUCCUCCGUCGAUUCUUCCUCCCUUGUUUCUUCCCAUCAUCCACCGCAAACACAACCACCUCCACCACCACCAAAACCCCUGCCACCCCCAAAACACCCUUCUCUUCCGCCACUUCAACCAAGAAACGCUUCAGCACCUCCUCCCUCCGCCACCGCCCUCCCACCACCACAACAGCAACCUCUCCUUCGUCCUCCACAACCUCCUCCUCCACCUCCUCCAGAGCCGCAGCCACCGUGGCACCACCUCGCCCCUCCAAAUCCAUGGUGAUAGGCACCAUCUUCGGCAACCGCGGCGGCCACGUCUGGUUCUGCGUCCAACACGACCGCCUCUCUACAAAACCCUCCCUCCUCCUCGAAUUCCCCAUCUCCACCAACGACCUCGUUCGCGAAAUGCGUAACGGCCUUCUCCGCAUCGCACUCGAAUGCAAUCCCCACCGCCCAGACCUCGCCAGGUGUCCCCUCCGCUCCGUUCCGGUCUGGACCGUAUUCUGCAAUGGCCGAAAAAGCGGGUUCGCGGCACGACGCCGCGCCGGGGAGCGCGUCCGGUCUGUUCUCAAGACCAUGCGGUGCGUAUCUGUCGGGGCGGGCGUCAUACCAGCAGGAUUCGGGUCGGGUCAACAUUCGGGUAAAGGCUCGAGAUCGGAGGAGCUUAUGUAUAUGAGGGCGAACUUUGAGCACGUGGUUGGGAGCGCCGACUCCGAGUCGUUUCAUCUCAUUAACCCGGACGAGGGACCGGGUCAGGAACUCAGUGUGUUCUUGCUCCGAUCCGGACUCGGUCUGGAUCGUUGAGCUAACUCGGUACGGUAGUGCCGGUUCUUGGAUUCAGCAGAAAAAAAGAAAGAGAAUUUUUUUCUCCGCUUUCUGGGGUGUAAUUUAUAUAAUUUGGAGUUCUUUUCCAGUACAGAGUUUCAGUAAGAAAAAUUUUCUUCUUUUUCUUUCGGGAUAUAGAAUUGAAAAGAAAACUAUUGGUUUUCUUGACUUUUUGAGUGUGUUGGUUAUUUUCCAUUUUGCUGGAUUUUUUUUAGAUGAGUUGGACUUGUACUCUGUAGUGUGAUUAGUGAGAUCUGGGUGUUGUAUAUUUUUCUUUUUUUUUGUUGUUUUUUAUUUUUUUAUUUUUUGGGAUAGAGGGUUAGAGUAUGCUGGGUUAUAAUUGUGGUGUUGUUGCCCAUGUGAUUUGUUGAUGGGUUUUUCUAGGAUAAAUCUCAGUUGGUUAUAUUGUAUUGUAUAUAUUCUUUCAAAAUUGUC